CUGCGGUAUUCGUGUUUCGUCUUUGUUUCAGAUACUCCUUUACCAUCGCCAACAAAAGAAGUGAUUGUAAUUGUUGGUUUUCCGGGAUCAGGAAAGUCAACAUUUGCUCGGAAGUUAGAAUCCGAGCACGGUUACAUGGUGGUGAACCGUGACACGCUGGGCACUUGGCAGAAGUGCUGCGAACAUGCUCGAGCUCACCUGAGAUCUGGUAAGAGCGCUGUGGUGGACAAUACCAAUCCAGAUAAGGAAGCCAGGAGCCGCUAUACAGCAUUAGCAAAGGAAAUGAAGGUGCCAUGCCGAUGUUUCGUUCUCACAUGCGACAUCCAUCAAGCCGAGCAUAACGUGAAGUUCCGUCUGUUGACACAGAAGCCUUCAAAUGAGGUCACAAUGAUGGUUCUUCGCACGUAUGCGAAGAAAUACGAGGUGAGGGUCAGAACAAGUUGCUGCUGCUCUCAUCCGCACUUUGUUUAG